CCCCCGCACGGCCGUGCAGGUGGAUCGUUCCCAGCGUUGGCUCGUCUCGGGCUCUUUUCUCCCCAUUCUGGAUGGCUCAUUCUGCUGGAAGCGCGGUCCUGCGUCUGCCUCUCCGCGCCCCCCGGCCCCCCCAGCCAGCAGCCCUUACCUUCGCCCGCCCGGCCCCAUGGCUCACCGGCCCUGCUCCCCUUAACGCGCCCCGGGCCAGCGCCGAGCCACACAAUGGAUCGGCUGUGGGGUCGGUGCACGCCGCUGCCGCUGCCGCUGCCGCCGCCGCCGCUGCUGUUGCUGCUGCUGCCGCCGCUGCUGCUGCCCCUGGUCUCUGCUGUGGAAGAAACGCUGAUGGACUCCACCACAGCCACCGCGGAGCUUGGCUGGAUUGUGCAUCCUUCAUCUGGGUGGGAGGAGGUGAGCGGAUACAAUGAAAACAUGAACACCAUCCGAACCUAUCAGGUGUGCAACGUCUUUGAGUCCAAUCAGAACAACUGGCUCCGCACCAGGUAUAUCCGGAGACGAGGAGCUCAGCGCAUCCAUGUGGAGAUGAAGUUCUCCGUCCGGGACUGCAGCAGCAUCCCCAACGUCCCUGGCUCCUGUAAGGAGACCUUCAACCUCUAUUACUACGAAGCCGACUUUGACUCGGCCACCAAAACCUUUCCCAACUGGAUGGAGAACCCCUGGGUCAAAGUGGAUACGAUCGCAGCGGACGAAAGCUUUUCCCAGGUGGAUCUCGGGGGCAGGGUGAUGAAAAUUAACACGGAGGUUCGGAGCUUUGGGCCGGUCUCCAGGAACGGCUUCUACCUAGCCUUCCAAGACUAUGGUGGCUGCAUGUCGCUCAUCGCCGUUCGGGUGUUCUACCGCAAGUGCCCCCGUGUGAUCCAGAACGGGGCUGUCUUCCAGGAGACCCUGUCUGGGGCCGAGAGCACGUCUCUGGUGGCUGCCCGGGGCACCUGCAUCCCAAAUGCGGAAGAAGUAGACGUGCCCAUUAAGCUUUACUGCAAUGGGGACGGGGAAUGGCUGGUGCCCAUUGGGAGGUGCAUGUGCAAGGCCGGCUACGAAUCGGUGGAGAACGGGACCAUUUGCCGAGGCUGCCCUUCUGGGACCUUCAAGGCCAACCAAGGAGACGAAGGAUGCACUCACUGCCCCAUCAACAGCCGCACUACUUCAGAAGGAGCCACUAACUGUGUUUGCCGCAACGGGUACUACCGAGCUGACUUGGACCCGCUGGAGAUGCCAUGCACCACCAUCCCCUCUGCGCCACAGGCUGUCAUCUCCAGCAUCAAUGAGACUUCACUCAUGCUAGAGUGGACGCCGCCCCGGGACUCGGGUGGCAGAGAGGACCUGGUUUACAACAUCAUCUGCAAAAGCUGCGGCUCAGGCCGGGGAGCCUGCACCCGCUGCGGGGACAACGUGCAGUUUGCCCCACGUCAGCUGGGUCUGACGGAGCCAAGGAUCUAUAUCAGCGACCUCCUGGCCCACACCCAGUACACCUUCGAGAUCCAGGCAGUGAAUGGAGUCACUGACCAGAGUCCCUUCUCACCCCAGUUUGCUUCCAUCAAUAUUACCACCAAUCAGGCAGCCCCAUCCGCUGUAUCCAUCGUACACCAGGUGAGCCGGACGGUAGACAGCAUGACCUUGUCCUGGUCCCAGCCUGACCAGCCCAAUGGCGUCAUCCUCGACUAUGAACUACAGUACUAUGAAAAGGACCUGAGCGAACACAACGCCACUGCGGUCAAAAGCCCCACCAACACCGUGACCGUGCAGGGCCUGAAAGCGGGCACCAUCUAUGUCUUCCAGGUGCGGGCACGCACCGUCGCGGGCUACGGGCGCUACAGUGGCAAGAUGUACUUCCAGACGAUGACCGAAGCCGAGUACCAGACGAGCAUCCAGGAGAAGCUGCCUCUCAUCAUCGGCUCGUCCGCGGCAGGGCUGGUCUUCCUCAUCGCCGUGGUGGUCAUUGCCAUCGUGUGUAACAGAAGGCGGGGGUUUGAGCGUGCCGAUUCCGAGUACACCGACAAACUACAGCAUUACACCAGCGGCCACAUGACUCCAGGCAUGAAAAUCUACAUUGAUCCCUUCACCUAUGAGGACCCCAACGAAGCUGUUCGAGAGUUUGCCAAGGAAAUUGACAUCUCUUGUGUCAAAAUUGAGCAGGUGAUUGGAGCAGGGGAAUUUGGUGAAGUCUGCAGUGGCCACCUGAAGCUGCCAGGCAAAAGAGAGAUUUUUGUGGCCAUCAAGACCCUCAAAUCAGGCUACACAGAGAAGCAGCGCCGGGACUUCCUGAGUGAAGCCAGCAUCAUGGGCCAGUUUGACCACCCCAACGUCAUCCACCUAGAAGGCGUGGUCACCAAGAGCACACCAGUCAUGAUCAUCACCGAGUUCAUGGAAAAUGGUUCCCUGGACUCCUUCCUCCGGCAAAAUGACGGGCAAUUCACAGUAAUCCAGCUGGUGGGCAUGCUUCGGGGCAUUGCUGCAGGCAUGAAGUACCUGGCAGACAUGAACUAUGUACAUCGAGACUUGGCUGCCCGCAAUAUUCUGGUCAAUAGCAACUUGGUCUGCAAGGUGUCCGACUUCGGACUCUCACGCUUCCUGGAGGAUGAUACCUCUGACCCCACCUAUACAAGUGCCCUGGGUGGGAAGAUCCCGAUACGCUGGACAGCUCCAGAGGCCAUCCAGUACAGGAAAUUCACAUCUGCCAGUGAUGUGUGGAGUUAUGGAAUAGUCAUGUGGGAAGUCAUGUCCUAUGGGGAGAGGCCAUACUGGGAUAUGACCAAUCAGGAUGUAAUCAAUGCCAUAGAGCAAGACUACCGGCUGCCCCCUCCCAUGGACUGCCCUAACGCCUUGCACCAGCUCAUGCUGGACUGUUGGCAGAAGGACCGGAACCACCGACCCAAGUUUGGGCAGAUUGUGAACACGCUGGACAAAAUGAUUCGAAACCCCAAUAGCCUCAAAGCUAUGGCACCCCUCUCCUCUGGGAUCAACCUCCCCUUGCUGGACCGCACGGUCCCCGACUACACCAGCUUUAACACGGUGGACGAGUGGCUGGAGGCCAUCAAGAUGGGCCAGUACAAGGAGAGUUUUGCCAGUGCCGGCUUCACGUCCUUCGAUGUUGUCUCCCAGAUGAUGAUGGAGGACAUUCUUCGUGUGGGCGUCACUCUAGCUGGUCAUCAAAAGAAAAUUCUAAACAGUAUUCAGGUGAUGCGAGCGCAAAUGAACCAGAUCCAGUCGGUGGAAGUUUGACCUUCAUCCCACUUUCGCUCUCCUCUUCCUCACGGCCCUGCUCCCCUUUGCUUCUGUGUGCCCCGGUCCCAAUUUCUGAGCAUCCUAUGUCCAACCACAGAGUCAUCCACCUGCUCUGAGGACAGUGGCAACGGGUGGAACCACUCCAGCAGUGAGAAGUCAUCAGAAACGCCAAUAAUUUAAGCAAUGGGAAAUAAAGAAAAAGAAAAGAAAGAAAAAAGGGAAUGGGGAAAAAAUGAUAUUUUGGGGAAAACCACAUAAAACUAUUUUUAAAGGACAAAUAAUGAAUGAAGAACAGCAGUGACAGUCUUGAAAAGGGCUCAUUUAGUUUUUUUUCCAGUCGGAGACCAAAAGCCGUUUCUUCAUCUCCCUCUAAGAGAAUGAUCCCAGUACUGCUUGACUUAGACCAGAAGGAGAGGGGAGCUUUCAGGAAGAUGAAUGUGAACGUAUACCUUCUCUUCUCCCUCAGAAGGCUGCUAUCCCUCGCAUCACCUGACAGCCAGCCCUCCCUGAGGCCUCAGUUUCCCUUUGGGGACACUGAAGGGGGCAGGUGGCCCAGGAGGCCUGAGGAACCAUUCCCCCCAGAAUGGACCUCCCCCGACUCAAACUGAUGAAUUCUUCAGCUUUGAAGAUUUUAACAAACUAAAAAAGAAAAACAAAAAAGAGAGAAUGAGAGAGAGAAAGACUUUUUUUUUGUUUUUGCAGGGGGCUGAUGGGCACAGCCCUCCCACUUCCCCCAAAAGGGGGAGGACACCGUACACAAGCAAUGGCCCAGUUCUUGCAAAAGACAGCUUUUGUGAGAGCCCCCUUUGCCUGGGCAUCUCCGUUCACCCUACGGCACCACCUUCUCAUACAUAUCACAUGCACAAAAUUCGGAGUUGGGUCUUCACCAUGUGCCAAUGACCUCUUCCUUCUCUUCGGGCACCCUCGCGGCCCGGGAGUGAGCAGAUCGGUGACUGGUGCUAAAGCGUUGGCUGUGAUUGCCUUCGGGGAAGAUUUGUCCUGUUGCUUGGUUUGUUUACACCAAUUUUGUGGGGUUGGGGUUGUUUUGUCGGGGUUUUUUUUUUAAAUGACAAUGAAGUAACACUUUGACGUUUCCUAUCUUUUAAGGACUCGGUCCUUCUCCUGGUAGGAGGACAUUUACACUUAUUGACUAGGCAAUAUACCGAGGGCAAGAUUUUAUGUGCCCAUUUCCUGAUUUUUUUAACAUAUGAUUUCCACUACCCCGUAGGGUUCCCAUCCACCCAGUCUGUCCAUGUCGCCAAAGCAAAGGCCACUCCAGGGCUAAGCAGGACUUGGGGUGGGGGAGACACAGGCAGACUUUCAGGCAAGGAGGUAUCGCUCUACGCACUGAGAUACAACUUAAACAAAUGUCCUUGGAUGGGAAAAAGAAAUUAGGUCAGUGCCGGCCCCACCUAUUUGGAAAUUAGUAAGAAUAGGGAAGCAAGAAGGACCCGGGACUGACUAGCAAAACAUAGUCACUAAUCCUGAUGUUCAGUGUUCUGGGAGCGGCCCCCAAGAGAAAAGGUCCGACAGAGCCACCAGCAUUCCCCUUGACUGCUUGGAGACGAGCAAGCCUAGUUUAGUAUAGCAAAGGGCCCCAGGAGUUCGGAGCAGACUGUGUCAGAGGCCAGGACCUGAAUCAUUCACUGUGAUACCCCUGUCCCUUGGAGGCUCUGCAGGUAACGGGCCACUCCCUCUCCGGGGUGUUUCUCCCAGCCUGAGACCGGACCAGAGGCCGGGAGAGAAAGGCUUCGUGUGGCCCGUGGGCCAGGACACAGGUGCUGCCGGGUCUUGGUCCCUCCCAGAAGCAAAUGCAGAUGUUUCGAUGGAACAAUCAAGUAUAGUGAAUGGUACUGGAAUAAACACAUUAGUUACA